UGUAUGUACUGUAUAUGGCAUUGGCCACCAAAAGCUGCCUUUCGAGCCCUGCCACGUAUUGGGUUACCCGACACUUGCACAUUUCUGCACCGACACCGCAGGCGAGAAGUCCUAGCUCCAGGAUGUACGGCACGGCAAAGGAGCGAUCGAGCCAGCAGGUUUCCCAGGAGGAUUACCCACUGCAGCAGCAGCAGCGUGGUCAGUCCAAGUCAGAGUAUCUUCCUGCAGAUCGCUCUAAUUACGGUUUGGAGUCGGAAGCUGUAGAUCGCCCCAAACAGCAGUUAAGAUCACAGCCUGCUCAGGAGGCAACUGAUUCAGCUGUAGACCGAAGCAAACCACAGCUAGGAACUCAGCCAAACAGCAGUACUACCCUAGACUCUGUGCCAACAGAUCGCUCUAGGCAGCAGUUAAGAACUCAACAGAAUCCAGAGUACCUGAGCAAUGUGGGAGCUUCCUACGAGGCAGCCAGAGGUGAUCAGCCCUCCCUGAACCGCAAUCAACAGCAGCCAUUGAGAUCCCAGCCAGCUGCAGAUUACUCCAGCAAUAGUUUCGUAACUGAGAGACAGCAGCGUCCUCAGCCAACCACAAUUGACUACACCGGCUACAAUGCACCAUUGCCACCGCAACCACCACAACCCAAAGAUCGCACAUUUUCACGCAGCAACUCCAAGCCCACCAUCUCACCCCAACCCAAGCUCCAAAGUAAACCCAAUCCCGAGUAUGUGCGACCACCACAGAACUUUGUCUUGCCGCCGCAGAUGCGUCCUGCCGUGGGGCCACCACAGCCGCGUCCUCCGUUCGCCGGAGCCAGACCGAUGGUCGGGAUGGUGGGACCACGUCCGCCCAUGCCACCCAAUAUGGGGGCCCGGCCACCGCCCCUGCGCACCACAGACAGCAAGAGCAACUUGCUAAUGGGUCCGCCAAUGCGACCGGGAAUGCCACCGCAGCUGAAUAUGCAGCAGGCUCGUCUGCCCAACUCUGGCGGACCACUGAGUCCGCCAGGACAGGGGCCGCCCAGGCCACCUGGUGGAUUUCCCUGGAAUCCUGCCGGGGCUCCGGGAAUGCCACCGGGCGCCAGACCGCCCCAGAAUAUGACGCGACCACCGCCACCCACAUUUGCCCGCCCGCCGCCGGGUCAACCGCUGCAGGCCCCCUUCCGACCGUCCUUCAACCAGCCGCCCAUGCAACCGCAACCGCUACCACAACAACUGCAGCAGCAGCAACAGCAACAGCAACACUUGCAACAGCAACCACCACCACAGCAACUACGCCCACUUUCGGCACACAACAACGAUGACGACGAUGACGUGGUCAUGGGUCCUGCGGUGACCCCGCUCAAGACCUUCAACGCGAGGCCAGAUCCCAUGGGCGAGCCCCUGCUGGAGGACAUUGAGCCGCCCUUCGAGACCAGCCCGCCGGCGGGAGAUGCCCGGAAGGGACCUGGAUUUAAGGGUGACAAUGACAGCGGCGUGGAUGAGUCCACUCAGGAGAAGGAUCGCAACGGACCCAUCUCGCCCAGUUCGCCGGUCAAGACGCCCACAUCGACCUCAUCGAAGCCGGACAAGUCGGGCACGUCGCGCCCACCGAGUGCCACGCCCUCGAACAAAUCAGCACCCAAGUCGCGCAGCGCCUCCAAGAAUCGCUUGCUCCUCAAGACCCCAGAACCCGAGCCAGCCAAGAAAGUUCCAAUGAACAAGGUACAAGUCGGACAUGCGCCUUCGCCCAACCUGAAGGCUGUGCGCUCCAAAAUCGGUUCCCUGGACAAUGCCACCUAUAAGCCGGGUGGCGGCCACGUGAAGAUCGAGUCCAAGAAGAUUGACAUCAAGGCGGCACCGCGCAUCGAGGCCAAGAACGACAAGUACAUGCCAAAGGGCGGCGAGAAGAAGAUAGUUACAACCAAGUUGCAGUGGAAUGCGAAGUCGAAAAUCGGUUCGCUGGAGAACGCCGCCCACAAGCCAGGAGGUGGGGACAAGAAGAUCGAGACCCUGAAGAUGGACUUCAAGGACAAGGCCAAGCCGAAGGUGGGCUCCACCUCCAAUGUGAAACAUCAGCCAGGUGGCGGUGAUAUCAAGGAUAACAACCCCAAGGAUAUCCAAACGCAAAAACUAGAAAUUAAGGCACAAAGCAAAGUUGGCUCUUUGGAUAAUGUAAAGCACAAGCCCGGUGGCGGUGAGAAGAAGAUUUUCGAUGAUAAGGAUUAUUUGAAAAAUGUUGAACACUCUGUUGCACUGACAACACCACCAACACAGUUUGCGGCUCAAGGGCGCUUGAUUGCCACGAUCCACCUAGAAUUCGGUCUAUGUAACUCAGACUGUGUGUGUAACAAUAUAUUUGAGUCGCUUUUUAAAUGAACUCCCUAGCUUUAACUAAGACAUCCAUCAACUACUGUACUGUACCUUAUGCCAAACGAUUUAACUGAUGCAGGACUCAACCGAAAGAAACUAAACUAAACUAAACUAAACACAACCCGAACUCAACUAGAAAAGCUCAAACCGAAAAUCUCGAAUGAGUUUGCAAGAGUUUCUAUUUUAAAUUGUAACCGAUAUAUAUGUUUAUGCAUUCUUCAAUGGUUUAGUCCUUGAAAGGUGUAUAGAUACUGUAAGCUGACCUGCCCCUGAGCAAUUCGCCACAGAAAAGGAUGAAAUUUAAUCUGAACCCUAGGACACUGCUCUUGGGCAAGGACAGUACUGCCCAACCAGAGGGCCCGAUGUUUGUUAACUCCUUUAGUAUGUAGCGAAUAUCCUUUAACAAAGUAUUAUUUAUGGCAGACGGUCAACAACCUUACACUACUUAGGAUAGUACAAAUUUUUAACAAUAUACUGAUCCGCAAUUGCUCAAAGUGCCCAGAAACCCAGACUACGACCACACAAAACGGUUUAGCAGAAGGCUGCCCAGCAUUUAAGUCAUCUUACAACAGUGCUUUGCUCUCUCACACUAAAACAAAAUACCACUCAAUCAUUGACCCCAUACUCACAUAAAUUUUUAAUUACGAUUAAUUAUGAAUUAUUAAAUGUUCUUCAUUUCUGUGUUUAAUGCCUCUUUUUCGUUUAUUUUAGGAAUAUAUAUACAAUUUUUAUUAGGCUAGUCGUACGAAACUAAGUGCAUUAAAUUCGAAAUUCGUAUACACGUUACGUCCAUUAGAGUUAUUUAUCGCCUAUUACUAUAUAACUACUACAUCAUAUACUCGAAAUCCGAAUGCGAUGCGGUUUUAACCAAAUAUAGAAACAUUCGAUCCGAUCCGAUCCAAUUCAAUUCGAUUCGGUUUGAUCAAGCAAGCCCCGUAAGUUAAUGUUCGUUGCGAGUUCUUCUAAGAUGUGUCCGUUUCGUAUAUAGAUAGUUAUAUAUACCUAAAUAUUUAACAGUGCUGUGAUAGACUAACCGAACCGAACCGAAGCUAAUUUUCCAGACGAGAUCUGCAUCCAUACCAUACUAUAUAGAGCCCCGAAACGGUUUCAUGGGCAUUUGCUUGCGACUCCCUCGUUUACUCCACCGCUCCAUUACAACCAACCAACUCAUGACUCUAACUUCUAACAAGGCUUUUGGUUUACCUUUUAUUAGAUUACCUUAUGAUUUGUGCAAUCGAUACGCAUUCACGUUUAUAUUUUUAUCUUGA